UGGUCUACCUGCCUUUGUCCAGGUAAAGAAAGAAGAGCCUUGAGGACUGGCCACAGCCUAGCCAGGCUGAAGAAUGUCAACAAUUGGAAGUUUUGAAGGAUUCCAGCCAGUGUCUCUGAAGCAAGAGGGAGAUGACCAGCCCUCUGAAACUGAUCACCUGUCCAUGGAGGAGGGAGAUCAAGAUAAGACCCCUGUGCGGAGGGAAAUCUCAAGACAGUCAAGUGUAACUAAAUCAACACUUUGCCCCAAUCCUUAUCACCAGCCUUAUAUCUCACGGAAGUACUUCGUUACAAGGCCAGGGGCCAUUGAGACUGCCCUGGAGGACUUGAAAGGCCACAUAGCUGAGACUUAUGGAGAGACCAUUCAAGGCUUCUGGCUCCUGACAGAGAUAGACCACUGGAACAACGAGAAGGAGAAGAUUCUGCUGGUCACAGACAAGACACUCUUGAUCUGCAAAUAUGACUUCAUCAUGCUCAGCUGUGUGCAGGUGCAGCGGGUUCCCCUGAGUGCUGUGUAUCGUAUCUGCCUGGGCAAGUUUGUCUUCCCUGCCAUUUCACUGGACAAGAGACCUGGAGAGGGUCUUAGGAUCUACUGGGGGAGUCCACAGGAGCAGUCCCUGUUGUCUCGCUGGAACCCAUGGUCUACUGAAGUUCCUUAUGCUACGUUCACUGAACACCCUAUGAAAUACACCAGUGAGAAGUUCCUCGAAAUUUGCAAGUUGUCUGGGUUCACGUCGAAGCUUGUUUCAGCUAUCCAGAAUGCCYGUAAGAAUUCUGCUGGAUCUGGAAGAGAAAAAGAACUGAUGGUGUUAACCCAACCCAUUUUGAUUGAGACCUACACAGGGCUGAUGUCAUUUAUUGGAAAUCGCAACAAACUUGGCUAUUCUCUUGCCCGUGGGAGUGUUGGUUUUUGAGACUCUUUUUGGUACAUUAUCCAUAGAUAUGCCAUUAUUGAAGAUUUUGCUUCAGUCCACUGUAUUUUUGGACA